GAGACACAGAGAGGGAAGGAAGGAGGGAGAGAGACACAGAGGGAAGGAGGGAGAGACACAGAGAGGGAAGGAGAGAGAGACACAGAGGGCAGGAGGGAGAGAGAUAUAGAUUUGGAGACCAAAGAGGUGGCCGAAAGUGAGGUAGUGUGAGCGUCUGUUUUGAUUGGAGACAUGGAGAUGGAGCCUCUAGGUGUGUGUGUUUCUAAACCAGAACAAGGAAACAGUCGUGUCCUAAAGGCUGCGCUGGCCGCAUGUGUGUGUUUCUGCAUCGCUCUGCUGCUUGCUGUCAUACUGGUUUCCCAGAGAGCCAAUCAGGAUGUCUUCUGCUUAACUCCAGAAUGUAUUGAAGCAGCUGGUUCUAUCCUCAGUAAGAUGGACCGGGCUGUGUCUCCCUGUGACGACUUCUAUGGGUUCUCCUGUGGUAGCUGGCUGAGAGACAACCCUAUUCCUGAAGAUUCCUCUUCUUACGGCGUCUACCCCUGGUUACGCCAACACGUUGAUAUCACACUCAAGGAUUUGCUGGAGGCUCCAUCAGACUCAGAUGAGAUAGAAGCUGUCAGGAAGGCCAAGGUCUUCUACCGCUCCUGUAUGGACGAAGCUAUAUUGGAGAAAGUGGACAGUGGUCCUCUGUUGAAGCUUUUACAGCAGCCUGAGUUCCACUGGCCCGUCCUGGGGGAGGGGCUUGGGGGGGAGUGGCUCUGGUCACCAGGACGAUGGGACCUGCUGCAGACAUUGGCUCAGAUUAGGAACCAACACAGCAAGAGUGUUCUGAUUCGAUUAUACAUCGCCCCAGAUGACAAGAACUCCACCAACUACAUAAUUAAGUUGGAUCAGGCGUCUCUGUCUCUCUCCUCCAGAGAAGAUUACAUCACCAACACCACCAGCGCUCAGGCAUAUCGUAGUGCUCUCCUGAACCUCAUGGUGGACAUAGCAGUGAUGUUAGGAGCUCCACUGGAAGCAGCUGAGAUUCAGAUGAGUGAAGCACUGGCCUUUGAGACCAAACUGGCUCAGAUUGUUAUUCCAUUUGAGAACCGGACCAGUGAGUACAUGUACAACAGAUACACCAUCUCCCGUCUACGCCGCUCCAUACCACAGUUUGACUGGUUGUCCUUUGUGAAGUCAGUAGUAGAGUCAAAGGGAGAAGGUGUUUCUGUCUACUCCUCUGAGCCAUUGAUAGUCCGUGUCCCCACCUACUUCAAACAGCUGUUUAAACUCCUCAACACCACUGAGCCCAGGACAGUUAGUAACUAUGUCAUGUGGAGGACAGUGUUCUCCAGGAUCACAACUCUCAGCCGACGCUUCUUAUACAGAUAUCUGGACUUCACACGGGUAACCACAGGAACGACCUCGCUGACCCCUCGUUGGGAUAAGUGUGUUAACUACGUAGAGAACACUCUGGUCUACGCCACCGGACGACUCUUCAUCAACACACACUUCCAGGAGGACAAGAAACACAUGAUGGAGGAGCUGAUUGAAGGAGUUCGCUGGGCGUUCAUCAACAUGCUGGAGAGAGACAACGACUGGAUGGAUGGACCGACCAAGAAGAAAGCUAUAGAAAAGGCUCAGACAGUCCUGGCCAAGGUUGGCUAUCCUGAGUUCAUACUGAAUGACACCUACAUCAACCAAGACAUAAAACAGCUUGUAUUCUCUGAGGACAACUACUUCGGUAAUGUGAUGCAGACUCUGCGUUUCAUUGCCCAAUCGGAUCUCAACUGGCUGCGGAGGACUGUCCCUCGCACUGAGUGGUUCACCAAUCCCACGACAGUCAACGCCUUCUACAGCUCCUCCACCAAUCAAAUCAGGUUCCCGGCUGGAGAGCUCCAGAAGCCUUUCUUCUGGGGGCGGGACUAUCCUCGGUCUCUUAGCUAUGGAGCCAUAGGAGUGAUUGUAGGACAUGAACUAACACACGGCUUUGACAACAAUGGAAGGAAGUAUGAUAAGGAUGGUAACAUGGACCAGUGGUGGAGCAACGCAUCAAUCACAGCCUUCACUGACAAGACCCAGUGUAUGAUCGACCAAUACAACAGCUAUCGCUGGGAGGAGGCGGGACUAAAUGUGAGGGGGAAGAGGACCCUAGCAGAGAACAUUGCAGACAACGGCGGAAUCAGAGAAGCUUUCAAAGCCUAUAGGAGGUGGAUAGAAGAGAGUAGAGGAGGAAUUGAGGAGCCAUUACUUCCAGGAGUUGGACUCAACAACAACCAACUCUUCUUUCUCAGCUACGCACACGUGCGCUGUAACUCCUACAGACCUGAAGCGGCAAGAGACCAGAUUCAGAGUGGAGCCCACAGCCCCCCAAAGUACAGGGUUGUCGGGGCAAUGAGUAACUAUGAGGAGUUCCGACAUGCGUUCAGCUGUCCUGAUACAUCGGUUAUGAACCGAGGGGCGGAGUCCUGCCGUAUUUGGUAAAGUGUUCUACUGCUGAAUCCCACUGACAUUUUCCUUUCUCUCCCUCUUCCCCUCCUCUCCCUCUUGUGUGUGUGUGUAAUGCAGUAACUUGAUUUAUUCUAUAUUACUGUAACUUGAUUUAUUCUAUAUUACUGUAACUUGAUUUAUUCUAUAUUACUGUAACUUGAUUUAUUCUAUAUUACAACAAUUUGAUUUAUUCUAUAUUACAACAAUUUGAUUUAUUCUAGAUUACUGUAACUUGAUUUAUUCUAUAUUACUGUAACUUCAUUUAUUCUAUAUUACUGUAACUUGAUUUAUUCUAUAUUACUGUAACUUGAUUUAUUCUAUAUUACAGCUAUUUGAUUUAUUCUAUAUUACAACAAUUUGAUUUAUUCUAUAUUACUGUAACUUGAUGUAUUCCCUAUUACUGUAACUUGAUGUAUUCCAUAUUACUGUAACUUGUUUUAUUCUAUAUAACUUUAUUAAAACAGUGUUGUAUCUGUCUCUCUUUAA